CUGAAUACGCUCACUGAGCGGUGACUCUUUUUAUAUGGCAGCCAUCAUAUUUUCGCUAUCCAAUCUUCGAUGCCUUUAUGGAUAAUGCGAUCUCUUUGAUGCUCGAUCAAAUAACAAUGUUUGAUUAAGAUUUUAAAUCUUACCAAUUGUUACUGUUCACUGAGAUCUGUGAUGUACGAUGUGGUCAAGUAUUAUUUCUACAAGUUUCUUUCGUAUUUAUGACUGACAUAACACCUAAAGUUAAUGACAUAGUAAUUAAGUAAUUUCGAUAUUACUCUGGUUUCACGAAACUGGAAUUUAAAUUACAAUUUCUACAAAAAUUUACUACGCAACGUUAACGAUGGCUGAAAAGGAAGGAAACGAUUUAAAUACUGCAAAUGAAAAUGCUGUCAAAUCUGAAGAGGCAGGAGAAAACUUAACAAACGAAGAUGCAUCAGCUAGUAUCGAAAUAAUUCCUUCGGUAACACCUUCAGUUCGAAACGAAGGAGGACAAGUUGCUUCUAAGGACAAGGCAAAAAUUGACAUUUUAUUGAAAGCAACUGGUAAUGCCCCGAUAAUGAAACAAAAGAAAUGGUCUGUCAGCCAAGAUUCUUGUAUCGGUAAAAUCUCUGAUUUUGUCAGAAGGUAUCUUAAAUUAGAUUCCAAUGAAAAGCUGUUUCUUUACGUAAAUCAAACAUUUGCACCUGCCCCAGACCAGGUGGUCAAAAACUUGUACGACUGCUAUGGAGCGGAUGGAAAAUUAAUACUUCACUAUUGUAAAAGUCAAGCUUGGGGUUGACAAAAAUUUAAUCGAUCGCUAACAUUCUUUGUCUUCUCUCCUAUUUAUACGUAUGUAAAAGAGAUUUCAAGAUCUAUCGUCGUCGCAUAGAUCCCAGUUUGUCAAGAAAGUUGUCAUCUGAAAUUGAAAUCGCUUGUUUACAAAAGAAUGUAUUUCAUUGUAUGACUCGUGCACGAAUACAGCUUUCCGAUUUAUAUAAAAUUACGAUGUAUGAUAUGUGUAUAUAAGAAUAAUAAUAAGUCUACUCUACAGA